AUGGCACAGAGGCAGCGGCCCAGCUCAGGUCCCACUUGCCCUGUGGCCCAUCACCCGCCUGCAGCCAUGGGGAGCCAUCAGGACUUCCGGAGCCUUCAAGCAAAGUUCCAGGCCUCUCAGCCGGAGACCAGCGAACUCCCCAAAAAAACUCCGAAGCCUGAGUUCAACAAACUUCUAAAGAAGUUUCCACCACCUGAGCUAAGCGAGGACCCCAAGAAGCCCCUGCAGCCCAGUUGCACUGAUCUGCCCAGGAAACCCUCCAAACCCGAGCCAAGUGAACCCUCCAAGAAGUUCCCACAGCUCGAGGUCCUUCAGAAAGCUUUGCAGCCUGAGCCUGGCAACCCUGCCAAGCCCCCGCCAGAGCCCAAAUCCAGUGCCUUCCCCAAAAGGCUCCAGCAGCCUGAGCCCCACGAGGCCACCCCAGACCCCUCACAGCCUGACUUUGGUACCCUUCCCAAGAAGCCACCACAGCCCGAAUUCAGUGUGCACCCCAGAAAGCCCCCACAGCCUCAGGUCGAUGGCCUCCCUAAGAAAUCCCUACCACAGCCCGAGAUCGGGGAGGCCCCUCAGACAUCCCCCUGGAAGCCUGAGCCCAGUGAGCCCCACCUCCACUCCUCACAGCCCAACUUCAGUACCCUUCCCAAGAAACCCCCACAGCCCGAGUUCAGCGUGUACCCCAGAAAGCCCCUGCAGCUUCAGGCUGGUGGCCUCCCUAAGAAAUCCCUGUCACAGCCUGAGAUCGGGGAGGUCCCUCAGACGCCCCCCUGGAAGCCUGAGUCCAGUGAGCCCCACCCCCACUCCUCACAGCCCAACUUCAGUACCUUUCCCAAGAAGCCACCACAGCCCGAAUUCAGUGUGUACCCCAGAAAGCCCCCACAGCCUCAGGUCAGUGGACUCCCUAAGAAAUCUCUGCCGCAGCCCAAGAUCGGGGAGGUCCCUCAGACACCCCCCUGGAAGCCUGAGUCCAGUAAGCCCCAGCCCCACUCCUCACAGCCUGAUUUCAAUACAUUUCCCAAAAAGAUCCCAGCCCCUCAGCUGAAUGACCUCCCCAAGAAGAUCCUGCACCCUGAUUUUGGUGACCUCACCAGGAGGUCCUCAGAGCCUGAAGUCAGUGUGUUUCCCAAGUGGCCACGGCAGUCUGAAUUCAAAGCACCCUCCAAGAAGCCCCUGCAGCCCGAGCUGGGGAACCUCCCCAGGGUAUCCUCAGAGCCUGAGUUUGGCCUACUCCCCGGGAAGUUUCUGCAGCCCGAGUGCCAGGGACCCCCCCGGAAGUUCUCGCAGCCCGAGUCCAGUGCUCUGCCCAAAAAGCACCUGCACCCCGAGUUCUUUGGUGAUCUCCCUAAAAAGCCACCCCUCCCCGGCUCUGUUUCAGAGGGCUCACUUCCCACUGCUGUCACAGGCUCCCGCCCCAGGCUCCCACUCAGCCCUGGCUUUGGAGCCAGGCAGCAAAGAUCAGGAGCUCUCACCCACAGUGGAGGGUCGAGGCUCGGCCUCAAAUCCAGCCACCCACCCCGGCGGAGGCCUCUGCCCCCAGCCAGCAGCCUGGGACCCCCUCCAGCCAAGCCCCCACUACCCCCUGGCCCCAGGGAUGUCCAGAGCUUCCGAAGAGCCACAGCCGCAGCCACAGCUCUGAGGAGGACCCGUUCUUCUGCUGGGAUCCACUUCCAGGCGGGACAGACUAAAGACAUUCCGCAGGACCAGGAUGAGGUCUACGAGCUGUAUGAGGACGUGGAGCCCACGGACAACUCCAGCCCCAGCCCCAAGGGCAGAGAUGAAGUGCCAUCUAUCCAGCAACCCCCCAGGCCACCACAAGACCCAGAACUCAGGAAGGAGAAGGUCCCCCAGCCACAGCAGUUGCCACCCACAGACCCAAAGACUCUGAAGCAGAUCCGGAAGGCAGAGAAAGCCGAGAGGGAGUUCCGGAAAAAGUUCAAGUUUGAGGGGGAGAUAGUGAUUCAGACAAGGAUGAUGAUCGAUCCCAAUGCCAAGACACGUCGUGGGGGUGGCAAGCACCUGGGGAUCCGGCGUGGGGAGAUCCUGGAGGUGAUCGAGUUCACCAACAAGGAUGAGAUGCUGUGCCGGGAUACCAAGGGCAAAUAUGGCUACGUGCCCAGAACAGCUCUACUGCCCCUGGAAACGGAGGUGUAUGACGAUGUUGGCUUCCUGGACCCUCUGGAGAGCCAACCAUUCCCCCAGGAACGAUAAGACCCACAGGUGUGGGUACCCAGACAACCGGCCAGCCAAGCCACCCGCUAACCCAGGAGUCUUGGAUCCCAGACUGGCAGUCACAGAACCACCCAGGCUGCCUACAUACAUGAACCACAUAAAGCUCCUAUUUAAAGCAA